ACCACUUCUAAUGCCUCCAACAAAUCUCGCAGAUUUCACGAACAAAAAAAUGGAUCAUGAGCAAGAAGCAAGUGAAGAAAACAAAUUAAGCCAAGAUUGUAAGGAGUUAAUUCUAUCUCUUCCUAGAGAGAAGGGUUGGAUAACACCGUAUCUCUAUUUAUUCCAAGGCUUUUGGUACUCAUCAACUGAAAUCCAAGCCAUAAACACUUUUCAAAACCAAUUCCAAGCUAAGGACAAUGAUGUUGUUAUUGCUAGUGUUCCAAAAUCGGGCACCACUUGGUUGAAAGCCCUUACCUUUGCUAUUCUCCAUCGCCAGUAUUUUCCUUCCUUAGAGAACCACCCAUUACUUAUUUUCAAUCCCCAUGAACUUGUGCCUCCAUUUGAAUUUGUCAUUUAUGAUGAAAUUAAUGGCCAAACUCAUGACCUAUCCAAAAUGCCCAAGCCAAGAAUUUUUGGGACUCAUGUUCCAUUCACUUCAUUGGCCAAAUCAAUUAAAGAGACUGACUGUAAGAUCAUUUAUAUUUGUAGGAAUCUAUUUGACACCUUUGUUUCUACUUGGGUUUUUGUCAACAAAAUUAUGCCAAAGUUUUUGCCUACAUUACCUCUAGAGGAAGCUUUUGAAAGAUACUGUGAAGGGAUAAUUGGCUUUGGUCCAUCUUGGAACCAUAUACUAGAUUAUUGGAAAGAGAGCAUUGCUAGGCCGAAGAAAGUUUUGUUCUUGAAGUAUGAGGACCUUAAAGAAAAUGUUCAUUUUAAUGUGAAGAAAAUAGCUGAGUUCUUGGGUUGUCCUUUCACUAAAGAGGAAGAAAAUAGUGAAGUGAUUGAAAAUAUAAUCAAAUUAUGUAGCUUUGAGAAGAUGAAGGAAUUAAAGGUAAAUAAAUCUGGAACAAUGGGAAAAGGCAGGAUUGUUGAGAAUAAGUACUUCUUUCGAAAGGCAGAAAUAGGAGAUUGGGUAAAUUAUUUCUCCCCUUCAAUGGUUGAAAAACUAUCCAAAAUCAUAGAAGAAAAGUUAAGUAGAUCGGGUCUAUCAUUUAGAGUGUACGACUUCAAUAGUAGUAGCUAGUCAAUGAUCAUCUUGAGAUGGUUAUUAUAUAUAAUAAGUAGCUAAUAAAUAACCAUAUGCUAGUGAAUAAAUCAAAAUGUGGCACAAAAAUGUUUUUGUGGCUUUUAUUUCUUAGAAUAAGGAGGUGUAAGUCUUAGACAAUAUGGCUACCUCGGUAAUUAUUAUUUGGAAUCAACAGGAUCGCAAGUUGUAUUUAA